AGACGGGCCGAUGAGGAGCGCAGGGCUGAGGAGGAGAGACGGGUUAGGGAGCAGAGGGAACGGGAGGAGAGAGAGCGCAGGGAACAGGAGAUUGUGGCCCAACAGGAGGCCGAAAGACAGAGACUCGAGAGGGCCCGGGCGGCCGAGCGUCGUAAACAGGACCAGAAAUCGGAGACUACAGUGAAUAGGACUACCAAACUAUGUCCCGGUUGUAGGUCCCCUAUUGAGGUAGAU